AUGGAAGAUAUUCUCGACUUCAGCAAGCCCGUCGAUGUGCAGCGUUUCGACCAGGUAGUGCAAUACCUCUCAACAGGCUCACCACAAGAGAUCGUGAGGGCGCAGGAGGUUCUUACCGCAUUCAAGGAGAGACCCGACUCCUUUUUACGCGUAGGAGACCUUCUCACCAAAUCGGUGAACCUCACGACACGUUUUUUUGCACUUCAGGUUCUGGAGGACGCGAUUCUACACCGAUGGAACACAUUCACUGCGGAACAGUGUCAGGAAAUUCGUAACUUUGUUGUUAACAUGAUUGUAGGUGAAUGCGUGAGCUUCAAUCAAAUUCGUAGUAGGAGGGCUCUUCUUAUGAAGAUGAAUAGUGCGCUUGUGUCAAUAGCGAAGCGUGAGUGGCCCGUUCGUUGGCCGACCUUCAUAAAGGACGUGUGCAGUAGUGCUGGGCCAGAUGAACCUCUUGUAGAAAACAACCUGAACAUUCUCCGCAUGGUGGGCGAGGAGAUAUUUGAAUUUAGCGAGAAAACUUUAACGACUCGAUGGUUGAAACGAAAGAAGGAGGCACUGCAAAGCGACUUUCAGGCAAUUCUUCAAUUGUGUCUUUCGAUUCUAUCCACUAGUGACGAGGCGCUUCUCAAAACCAAUCUGGAGUGCCUGGAGAAAUAUCUUUCCUGGGUAGAACCGGCGUCCGUGUUUAACGAGGAAUUACUGAAGUAUCUUGCGGGACUAAUCGCACGGAAGUCUGCCGUAUCGCGCUGCGCGGUGCGUUGUCUUACAGUUGCGUGCUCCGUGGAGACAGAUCACGGCUCAGUUGGGGACGCGCAAGCGCAGGUGAUGGUUCGUGUGUUUCGCACAAUCCUCGAUAAUAUUAUGAACUUACUUCCCACGAAUCACUCUUCUGUUGAAGCGCGUAUCGUCCAGUUUUCCAACAUGGAAGGGAGUGUGGAUGCAGGCUUUGUUGGCGAUCUCAAUCUUUUGUUGGUUGCGUUUUUGAAGCACUAUACGAGAAAUAUUAUGUACGACGAUCUCUUGUUGAUAUCUGCCAACCAAUUGAUCGUGGGAAUGAGUCAUAUUAACGACAAGGAGCUAUUCAAAUCCUGUGUUGACUACUGGUGGUGGCUUGGUGAAAAGAUGGUGCGGUCCGCAUCACCUACACCGCUACACCGGAAGCUGGCACUUGUACUCAGCAAUGUUCGCUUUACUCUCAUCAAGAAAAUGGCAAGACCGGAGGAAGUCAUUAUUGUAGUCGAAGACGGUGAGGUGCGCAGGGUGCACAUGAAGGAUGUGGAGGAACUACAACUCUACAAAUUAAUGCGGGAGACGCUUGUUUUUUUAACAUACCUCGAUCCUCAAGAUAUGCAGGCGAUUAUGACUAAAAUCGUUAUGAAGCUUGAAGACCUUAGCGAAUGGAGUUGGCACAACUGCAACACAUUAUCAUGGGCAGUCGGGGCGAUAUCUGUGGCCCUGACUGAGGAACAAGAAUCUUCACUAUUUGUAGUUAUUGUACGUGGCCUGCUAGAUCUUUGUAGCAAGCUACAAGGAAAGGAAAACCGUGCCGUUGUUGCGAGUGGUAUCAUGUUUGUUGUUGGGCAGUACCCCCGUUUCCUGCGUGCUCAUCAGCCCUUUUUCCGCGCAGUGGUGAAGAAGGUAAUUGAAUUCAUGUGCGACUUAUUCCCUGGUGUGCAGGAAAUGGCUGUGGAUACUCUUUUGAAGGUGGCCUCGCAGGUACCAGAUCAGUUUGUUUGUGUCAAGAACAAUGGGAUUUCCCUCGCUGAGGAAACGGCGAAGCGGUGGACUGAAAUAACGUCUUUGUUAAAACCCCAACAUAUGCACACAUGUUUUGUUGCAGCUGGUUGGAUGGUGAAGGGAGAGAAGCCAGAGCGGCAGCCGAGUCUGUUAGGCAUGUUUCUCCAAGAUGCGAACGACAGUUUUAGGAUUAUUGUGGAGCGAGCAGCCUCUAAAGGUCCGGCCUUUGGGGAAGACUUUUCUGGUAUGGGGGAGUUAAUACACAUUUUACGUGUCUUUAGCAGCAUUGCGUCAUCUUGUGGAACAUCGUUUGUGAAUGAGAUGGGGAUUAUAAUUUACGACCUUCAAGGACUCUAUCGUACAUUCUUCUCCGCCCAAACUGCCCUAGUUGCGGACCAUGGAACAGAUGCCAUGGAGAGGCAGGAGGCACGGUAUUUAAGGCUAGCGAAGCGGGAGAUCUUGCGAAUUUUCGAGUGCUUUGUUGACAAUACGGAAGAAUGUGACUUUGUGGCAACAAAUUGCAUGCCGAGUAUUCUGACAACUGUUCUUGAGGACUACCGUGACUCGCUUCCCAUAGUGAAGGAGGCAGGAGCCCUAGCUCUUGUGACGGCGUGUGUCAACAAGUUGGGCACGCGGUUGGCCGGGGAUUGUGCUGCCAUUUUGGACCACACGUUUGAUACAACCAUAUCGAUGAUCUGCGCAAACGCUGAGGAUUUUCCCGAGUUUCGCGUGAAUCUUUUCAAACUGCUACACGCACUGAAUACUCGCUGUUUUUCCAAUUUCUUGAGCUACGCCUCCACUAAGGGGGACGUUAUAAACGGUAUGCUGUGGGUAAUCAAACAUACAGAUUUUGCUAUAAUGGAGACGGGGUUGAAGACUUUAGAUGCUUUCCUUGAGAAUGUCUCCCGGUCAGAGUUACUUCAACCCUUCUACGAUGCCUUUAUGCAGCAAAUAUUUGUCGAGGUUUUGGUGUCCGCUAUGGAUUCGCUUCAUGCCGCAGGAUUCGAACUGCAUUGUAGCAUCCUCAUCAAACUCUUCACUGUGUCUAGCAUGUUUCCCGUAGAUUUGCCAAAGCUCGGCCGAAACGAUAUUGAGAGCUUUCUUUGUGAGAACCUUUCAACCAUUGCCACACUCACACCUGUCCUUAUUAAGCAGUUUAUUGCUGGAGCGUAUGAAAAGUAUGGAGACCCUGUCGAAUUCAGGCGGAGCUUUGCAGAUUUCCUCAUAGAAAUGCAGGUUUGGGGUGCUGAGGAGGAAAACAGACUGCAACAAGAGGAAGAACAACGCAGACGGGAGGAAGAUAUUCCGGGAUUUGCUGCCCUUUCCGUGAAGGGGCCGCCACCAACACCUUCUUUUUAUCCCUGA